AUGCUGGACGACAACACCCUGGUGGCGCAGAGCAGUACGAUCAUGGUACCGUCAAAGUCUGACGAUAAAGUGGAGCAGUACAUCACCGUGGGUCCGCCGCUCUUCACCUCGACGGCGAUGCUCGGCCGAGGGACGUGUACCUGGCUCGCUUUCCCUGUCCCAGGCACUGUGGAAAAUCCGGAACGCAGUAACGAGGAUCAUUUUGUUAUCAUCAAAGACUCCUGGCGCGACCCGUCUCGCAGGCUCGAGGGUGAAAUAUACAAGAUCAUCCAUGCUGAGGGGCCUGUUCCGGGUGUAGCAAGGCUGCGCAGCGAUGUGGAUCUGAUUGACCCUCCCGACCCGGAUAGCGGAAUGCAUCGGACGAUUGCUCACCUCCUUAAUAAGCACUACGGACCUCGCAAGUGUCCUCCGCGCGUCCAUCAUCGCUGCGUCCUUGAUUCCGUGGGGAUCCCACUGAGUCGCUUCUCUUCCACUCGUGAAGCGAUGGAGGCGAUCUAUGAUAGUCUUCUAGGUCAUGAGAGGAUGGGCGAGAAGAAAAUUCUCCACCGGGAUAUCAGCAUUAACAAUAUCAUGAUUAGCGCCUAUCCCGAUAUGGAAAAUUGCAAAGGUUUUCUCAUUGAUAUGGAAUAUGCCACCGUGAUCGGUGAACCCGGAAGUGAUGGAGAUUUGCGGGAAAUCACGGGAACUGUGCAGUUCCUAUCCGUUGCCCGAAUACGGGAACCAGGACAGGAUGUACCUGCUCACGCCACCUGGAAUGACUUGGAGUCGUUUUUCUGGUCUACCGCAUACCUUUUCAUCCAUCACAGGCCCCAUACCUUGUCGGUGGACUGGAUCAAGCGUAUCUUCUGCGGCGCAGAUAUCGCUCGGAGAACUCACUUCAUUCGAGUAGAGGUGAAGAAUAUGAAGGUUCUCCGUGGCAAUCACCAUAGCAGCGAAGUGUACGACACGAAGAAGGCCGGAGAACUCGACGAAGCAUCAAUCAACAUACCAGUGACUAGGUGUAUCCACCGUCUCGCUGGCCUCGUGGCGACCCACUACCAAGAUGAAUGGAUCUACGAGCGAUACUAUGACAAUGAUCCUGAUAGUUUCUACCAGCUGCAGACCCACCAACACAUCAAGCUGGCUUUUCGUGAAGCUCUGGAUUCCAAUAGCUGGCCGGAGCCGGAUGAUAGUGCUACAGCGUUCCGUCGCAUUCCCAUCUCGAAGAAGCGUGUUGCCCAAGACACCGCAGCGAACCUCAGGACCGGCACUGGGUCUCACCCGGCUUCCGGACGCAAGACUCGGAGCAAGCGAAAGCGAGAAGGCAAUGAUGGGAAGGACAACUCUGCGAAACGCGCCCGUAAUCGCGAGGCCGGGGAUGCAGCUACGGAGAGUGCGGUCACGGAGGGUGCGAGCACUCAGGGCGCGGUACUGGAGGCAUCGGGCGUGCACGCUUCGGCGGGGGGUAAAAUUCAGGAUCGCCUUCCCGCUAUCUUGGACUAG